AUGUCGGAAGCACGCCAUGAACGUCGCCCUUCUGUUGGCGCCCCCAUUGCAGACCUCCAAGGUCCUGUUGGACCGGGGUUUAGCCGCCCAAAGCACAAGCGUACUCCUACGGGGUUCGGUGCAGCAGAUAUUAAGAGCGUUGAAGCCAGCAUCCCUGAGCCGCUACGAGAGGCGUGGCUCAAACACUCGGCUUCUGAGUUCACGACCAAGGAGGAAUUCGAGAAAGAACUCGUGCGCCAUAUUGAGACGACGCUGGCUCGCUCGCUGUACAACUGUGAUGAACAUGCGGCGUACUCGGGAACAGCCCUUGCGUUUCGGGACCGACUCAUUAUUGAAUGGAACCGAACGCAGCAGCGUCAGACGCUGAGUGAUCAGAAGAGAGUCUACUAUCUCUCUCUUGAGUUUUUGAUGGGCCGUGCUUUGGAUAAUGCUAUGCUUAACGUGGGCCAGAAAGAGAAUGCCUCAGAGGGAUUGAAAGAUCUCGGUUUCCGGGUCGAAGACGUCAUCAGUCAGGAACACGAUGCGGCUCUGGGCAAUGGCGGCCUCGGACGCUUGGCAGCUUGCUUUUUGGAUAGUAUGGCCACGCUGAAUUAUCCGGCUUGGGGAUACGGAUUGCGCUACCGCUAUGGAAUCUUCAAACAAGAAAUUGUGGAUGGGUACCAGGUUGAGAUUCCUGACUACUGGCUCGAUAACAACCCUUGGGAGUUCCCGCGACACGAGAUUACGGUCGAUAUCCAGUUCUACGGUAAUGUACGCAAGUACCAGGAUGCGAAUGGAAAGACAGCAAGUUCUUGGGAAAAUGGAGAGAUUGUCCAGGCAGUCGCUUACGACGUGCCCAUUCCCGGAUAUGGAACGAAAACAACCAACAAUCUUCGGCUGUGGUCCAGCAAGGCCAGCACUGGAGAAUUUGAUUUCCAGAAAUUCAACGCUGGUGAUUACGAGAGUGCAGUUGCGGAUCAGCAGCGUGCUGAGACUAUCUCCGCUGUUCUCUACCCCAAUGAUAAUUUGGAGCGGGGCAAAGAGCUCCGUCUGAAGCAGCAGUACUUCUGGUGUGCUGCAUCUCUGCAUGAUAUUGUGCGUCGUUUCAAGAAGACCAACCGUGCUUGGAACGAGUUCCCCGAUCAGAUAGCCAUCCAGCUCAAUGACACCCAUCCCACUCUUGCGAUUGUUGAGCUACAGCGCAUUUUGAUUGAUCUUGAGGGUCUGAGCUGGGAUGAAGGCUGGAACAUUGUGACUAAGACUUUCGGAUACACCAACCACACUGUCCUGCCGGAGGCUUUGGAGAAGUGGUCUGUACCUUUGCUUCAGAACUUGCUUCCAAGACAUCUCCAGAUCAUCUACGACGUGAAUCUCUUCUUCCUGCAGCAGGUUGAGAAGAAAUUCCCCAAUGAUCGUGAGCUUCUAUCGCGGGUCUCUAUCAUCGAGGAAUCGCACCCGCAGAUGGUGCGCAUGGCUUAUUUGGCUAUUAUCGGAUCCCACAAGGUCAAUGGUGUUGCUGAGCUGCACUCAGAUCUCCUCAAGUCGACGUUGUUCAAAGACUUUGUGAAUAUCUACGGACCCGAUCGUUUCACAAACGUCACGAAUGGUGUCACCCCUCGGCGCUGGCUGCAUCAGGCCAACCCAGCACUUUCUGCGCUGAUUGCGAAGAAGCUUGGUGGUCACGAGUUCUUGACCGACCUGACUCUGCUUGACAAACUGGAAGCCUUCGUGGAUGACAAGCAGUUCCGAGCGGAGUGGUCUGAGAUCAAGACUCAGAACAAGCUGCGACUCGCUAAGUUUAUCCAGGAGACCACUGGGUUUAAGGUGAACCCUAAGUCUCUAUUUGAUGUGCAAGUUAAGCGUAUCCACGAGUACAAGCGUCAACAGCUCAACAUCUUCGGGAUUAUUCACCGGUACUUGACCAUCAAGGCUAUGACACCCGAACAAAAGAAAAAGGUCGUGCCUCGUGUUUCCAUCAUUGGUGGCAAGGCCGCUCCAGGCUACUGGAUGGCUAAGACCAUCAUUCACCUUGUCAACAAGGUUUCUUCUGUGGUCAAUCAGGAUCCAGAUGUCGGAGACCUCUUGAAGGUUAUCUUCAUUGAGGACUACAAUGUUAGCAAAGCAGAGAUCAUUUGCCCAGCCUCCGAUCUCAGUGAGCAUAUCUCCACUGCCGGCACGGAAGGCAGUGGCACGAGCAACAUGAAGUUUGUGAUGAAUGGUGGCCUGAUCAUCGGGACUUGCGAUGGAGCCAACAUCGAAAUUACUCGCGAAAUCGGGGAACAGAACAUUUUCCUUUUCGGAAAUCUUGCAGAGGACGUGGAGGAACUUCGCCACCGUCACCUUUAUGGCGAUUUCAAGGUUGACCCACAGCUCGCGAAGGUCUUCGAGGCCGUCAAGGGCGGCAUGUUCGGCGACGCAAAGGACUUCCAGGCACUUUGCUCAUCCAUUGAAGAACAUGGUGAUUACUAUCUUGUGUCCGAUGAUUUCAACUCUUACAUCACCACUCAUGAGAUGGUCGAUGAGGCAUUCCAGAAGCAGGACGAGUGGCUUGCUAAGUCCAUCACCAGUGUUGCACGCAUGGGAUUCUUCUCAACGGAUCGCGUUAUCAACGAAUACGCAGAUAGUAUCUGGAACGUUGAGCCUCUCGUUGUCAAGGAUUGA